ACAGAGCGGGAUUUCAGCAUUUGAUAAAGUGUAGUCAACAUGGUUUGUGCUUGCAAGUACAGAGGUCAGGCGCGAUUGGAUGGGAAGACAGCCAUCGUCACUGGUUCGAACACCGGUAUCGGAAAAUUCACUGCGCUGGAUUUUGUGAAGCGAGGAGCGCGGGUUAUCAUAGCCUGCAGAGACACCACGAAGGGCGAGGAAGCAGCCAAGGAUAUCCGUAAACUGACGGAGAACGUGGAGGGGGCAGGUACAGUGGAUGUCGUGUGCCUGAACCUGGGAUCCCUCGCCUCCGUGCGGAAGUGUGCACAGGACCUCCUUAGGACAGAGGACAAGAUCCAUCUUCUAGUCAACAACGCAGGGGUCAUGGCGUGUCCCCAAGGCAAGACAGAAGACGGGUUCGAGACCCAGUUUGGGGUCAACCACUUGGGUCACUUUCUUUUCACCUGUUUGCUUCUGAAUCGUAUCAUCCGGUCAGCCCCCGCCAGGAUCGUCAAUGUAUCGUCCUAUGGACAUGUAUGGGGAACUAUGAAUUUCGACGAUCUAAACUCCGAAACGUCGUAUUCGCCCUCGAAGGCUUACGCUCAGAGCAAAUUGGCCAACGUGUUGUUCACCAAGGAGCUGGCAAGAAGACUUCAAGGGACGGGUGUGACCACUUACUCCCUGCAUCCCGGAGCCGUCAAGACGGAAUUACAACGUCACCUUGACGAUUCGUUCUUCAAGGGCGCACAGCUGAUAAUGGCUGGGCUCGGAAAAUUGUUCUUUAAGACUCCCGAGGAGGGAGCCCAGACCUCGAUAUACUGCUCCGUGGAUGAGAACUUAGCCGACAAAACGGGGCUCUAUUACAGUGAUUGCAAGGAAAAGGCACCAUCUGCAAAGGCCUGCGACCCUGAGUCGGCACUAAAACUUUGGGAGGUAAGUUUGAAGAUGGUGGGACUUGAAGACUGGGACCCCGUCACUGCAGAUGACCACAUGCUGCCCAGUUAGACGGCCAGAAUGUGUGAGGCUGUCAUCAAAAGGAUUUUCUCCAGUAUUGUGUGUGUAGGAAUUAGUCUGUCUUCAAACCAGACCACAAUAAAUGUCUUUACCUGUUCAUAUGCUACGAAUAUAUGUAACGUGUAACUUGUGUUUCUGGCUGCAACUCAUUUCAGCAGACAUUUAAUGUUUCUCUUCGUUGUAUUGCGAGUGACAAAUUAAAUUAAAAUAAAUAAUUUCACUUCAUUUGGAAAGUA